AUGGAUAUCCCCACCAGCAGCAACCCCUCCAACACCGACGGAAAGAUUACCCCACUCCCCACCGCUGCUGAUAUCGACGCCGUCUUCUCCUCCACAACCACAAACCUCGCCUCGACCUCCCUGAACGCCACCGUCCUCGCCUGUUCCGACGAGUUCUUCGCCGCAGCCUCAAACCUCCUCACUCCCACCCCGCCUAUCCACCGCCCUGGCGUCUUCGUCCACACCGGAGCCUGGUACGACGGCUGGGAGACACGCCGCCACAAUCAGCAAGAGUACGACUGGGUCGUCAUAAAGCUGGGUGUCGGCAGCGGCAUCGUCGUCGGCGUGGAAAUCGACACGACAUACUUCGUCGGCAACUACGGCGAGGGCGUCGUGGUCGAGGGUGCUUUCGUUGACCAGGAGAAUGCGCUGGCGUCCGACGUCGUGAAGCCUGCUUUCAACGGCUGGACCACCAUCCUGCCCCGACAGCCGUGCGGGCCAUCGCGCCGCCAGGGCUGGCUGCUUCCCCGCCCCUCCGACCCAAUCACCCAUGUGCGCCUCAGAAUGUACCCCGACGGGGGCUUCUCGCGGCUGCGAUUAUACGGCCAUGCCGUGCCGCCUCCGCCUCCGCUGGCUCCAAAGACGGGUGUCACAGCAGGCGAGGCAGCAGCCGCGGCGACGGAGGUGGAGGAACUUUCCUCGGCGCUGAUGGGGGGCCUUGUCGUUUCCGCGAGUAACCAGCACUUCACUCCCGCGUCAAACAUCCUGCUCCCCGGCCGCGGGCAGCAUAUGGGCGAUGGGUGGGAGACUGCUCGUUCGCGAACGCCGGGCCAUGUGGACAGGGCGGUUGUAAGGCUUGGGCUGGCAGGGUCGGUGGAGAAGGUUGUGGUUGACACAAAGGAUUUUCGAGGGAACUUCCCCAGAGCGGUGAGGGUGUCUGGGUUUCUGAAGAAGGAUGUCAAGGACGGACGGGAUCCGAAGGCGGAUGAUGAAGGGUGGGUGGAGGUUGUACGGGGUGAUCAGCCGUGUAAGGCGGAUUUGGAACAUGUGUUUGAAGGGGAAUUGCUGGGUAAUGAGGUUGGAGGGAAGGUGUUUAGCCACGUUAUGUUGACCAUGGUGCCCGAUGGUGGGGUCAAGAGGUUCAGGGUGUUUGGGAGGAGGGCAACAUGA